AUGGUCAGCAACCAGAAAAAUAUUGAAGAAGAAGAAUAUGCUGUUCAUCUUAAACUACUCAAAGAUGAUCCAAAUGGCCGUGAUCGAGAUAAUCAACAGUAUAUCACACCAGUUUUCCCAGCUUCACUUCGAAAUCAAAUCGAGCAGUAUGGAUUGAUAGCCGGACAUUCCAGUAUUCUGACCAACAGUGAUAAUCGGAAGGAUCCCCGACUUUUCUACAAUAUAGCUGCGCCUUUCAGUACAUUCAUUUGUGGCUCACAAGGAAGUGGGAAAUCUCAUACUCUGUCAUGCCUUCUGGAAAAUUGUCUUGCGAAAUCAUCCGUUAGUAAGGUGAAGAAACCUCUAUCGGCUUUAUUGUUUCACUAUGAUGCAUUUAUUGGCGAUGUGAAAGGAACCCCUUGCGAGGCUGCUUACCUUGCAAGCAAUCGAGACAUAAAAGUUCGAGUUCUAUGUCCUCCGACCAAUUUUAGAACCAUACAACGCACAUAUAGUGGUAUCAAGGGUGUUAAAAUUCAGGAACUAUGCAUUGACGAAACUGAUCUUACAACGCAAAGAAUGUUGAGCUUGAUGGCCGUCAAAACAUCAGAAGAAAUGCCACUCUAUCUCCACACUAUCACUAGAGUCUUGCGGGUUCUCAGGCUUGCUCACCAAAUCAACGGAAAGCCUUUUCAUUACGGAGAAUUCAAGAAGCAUCUUGAGGAUCUUCGACUGACAACUGGUCAGGAAGGACCGCUCAUACAACGAUUAGACACACUAGAAAGCUUUAUGCCAAUUGAGCAGAGAUCAGCUAAGUCUUCUGCCCCCUUAAAAAGAGGAAAAGGAACUGAUUGGAGCAUAAAGGCGGGAGAACUUACAAUCGUUGACCUUUCAUGCCCGUGUGUGACUGUCGAAGCUGCAUCAUCUCUCUUUAACAUGUGUCUCUCAUUAUUUCUAGAAGAGACAUCUGACAUAGGCAAAGUUGUUGCCCUUGAUGAGGCCCAUAAAUAUAUGUCGAAUAGUACAGGAGAUGCCUUGACCGGUAAUUUAUUAUCCACAAUCCGUCUCCAGCGCCAUUUGGGUACACGUAUUUUUAUUUCCACACAAGAACCAACAAUUUCUCCCGCCCUCAUCGAUUUAUGCUCCAUGACUAUUGUUCAUCGCUUUUCCAGUCCUGAAUGGCUCAGAUGUCUUCGUUCACAUGUUGCCGCACUACAUAAUUCGGGAUCCAAUUCUCAGGAUGAUGAGUCAACGAGAAGGAAUGUAUUCAAGGAAAUUGUAACAUUGCGAGUGGGUGAAGCAUUAUUAUUCGCACCCGAAGCAGUGAUCUACAAGGAUUGUGAUAGGAUCAACUUAUCACCCGGUAAUGAAUCUUCGGCUACAUUGAUCAGCGGCAAUAGUAACAAUAAUGUGUCAGAAAAGGGAAAGGAGAAGGCAAUCGAAAGAGAUGAUGACGAUGACGAACAAACAUUGAGAAAGUUGGGAACAGAUUAUGUUAAGAUAAAGGUCAGAGCUAGGCUCACUAAUGAUGGUGGAAGGAGUGUUUUGGCUGCUUGA